AUUCCACACUUCACUGGCCAAUCGUGCCUCACCGUUACUCAAAGCCGCUUUGAAGGGAUACAAGAUUGAUAUAUCAAUGAUGACGAAUUGUGCGACUUGCUGUUUUGACCAAAAUCCCACGCACGCGCCAGAAUCUUGGGUUUGGGUCAGCACGUUAGUCUUCUGAUUGGCCAAUGAGAGGUCCCUUGUACCCCGGUCCCGGUGUCUGCCCCACGAGAUAUUUCUUUAGCUCUCGUUGACGGCCAGCGAAUACAACACCAUGGAACAAAGGAGCGACACAUGGGCCAGCUCCUCCUCUUAACCCAUCGAAUCCCCUCAAUACGCAAUACCUCCAAAUUCCUCAACACUCGCCUAGCACAACGCGAUUCUUGUGCGGGCUGCCCAAGUUCAACGACAUUCCUCAGCGGACUGAACGCCGCCGCUUUCGGGCAACAUGAGCGUGCAAACCCCAGUCGGAGGGUCUGAGGGCCUUCGAGAACGAAAUGCUACCCAGACAAUACGUGAGGAGGACUCUUCAAGUGGCAGCGGCCUGGAGACCCCGCAGGAUGGCGAUGACGUAGAGAAGGAGAUGAAGACCUUUGGCCGAACGCCCAGUGGGACUAUCUUCACGGUACCGCAGACUCACGAUAUGGUCUCACAGCUGCUUGACCCUCGACAACCAAAGAACCUCUCCGACGUUAUUGUGAUCGCUAUUCUCUGCCUACAUAUACUCACCCUCUGCCUUUUACCUGCCUCCUUCAAACGACCUGUAUUCGCGAUCAUAUUUCUGUUCUGGAGAGGAUGCUACAACAUUGGCAUUGGGUAUCUUCUGCAAAUACAAUCCAAUCAUCGGCGCCUCGUAACUUGGGCCAAGAAAUGGAGUCUGUUCGAAGACCCAAAGACAGGAAAGAACCCUCGUCCGUGGUUAUACAAGCUCCUAAAACGUGAGUUGGAGACCAAGAUACCAGAAGACUACAAGUUCGAGGAAGCACCGAUCGAGUACAACACAUGGCUAGUUUUCAGAAGAGUAGUAGACUUGAUCCUGAUGUGUGACUUUACGUCUUAUUGUCUUUUUGCCAUUGCGUGCGGAGGUCGUCCCUCCGGGGAAGGUCUCGUCAUGUCUAUUGCUCGUUGGGCGACCGGCAUUCUUCUGGUUGGGUUCAACUUGUGGGUCAAAUUAGAUGCCCACCGCGUCGUCAAAGACUAUGCUUGGUAUUGGGGCGACUUCUUCUACCUGAUCGACCAAGAGUUGACAUUCGAUGGUGUCUUCGAGAUGGCCCCGCAUCCGAUGUAUUCUGUGGGAUAUGCUGGGUACUACGGCAUCUCAAUGAUGGCAGCGAGCUACAACGUCCUCUUCAUCUCCAUCAUCGCACAUGCUGCCCAAUUCGCAUUUCUCGUCUAUGUGGAAAAUCCCCACAUCGAGAAGACGUAUAACCCCCCUCCUCCCAGGAAACGAGAACAAUAUCCAAGCCAAAGCGACAUCGACCUUGCCAACGCCUCUGCGGCGCAUAGAGAGGGAAUCGAGUACCAUGAGCACCUUGACCUUGCCAUUUUGAACCCCACGAUAUCGACCAAGCCCAGCGCAGUACACGACUUGAUGGGAUUUCGAAAUAUCGACUUAUUCCGCAUCACCGAUAUCUCGGUUCUGCUUCUACAGGCGUUGAUGGUGAUCAUUACUACUGUCACCCCUUCCACCCCAACUUACCAAGCUAUCUUUGUUAUUAAUGCUCUUAUCUGGCGUCUUUGGUACAGUGUUGGCCUGGGCAUCAUUCUUGACCAGCAGUCAAACAAGAAAAUGUGGACUCGCCACUUCGUCAAAUAUGGUGAAAGUACUGAAGAAGCUUGGAGACAGUGGAAGGGAAUGUAUCAUCUGAGCAUGGCGAUGUGCUACGCAAGUUUUAUCGCUGCUACAUGGAAGAUGUAUUCAUUCCCCGCAGACUGGGGCUACGGUCUCGUUCUGCUAAAGCACGUAAUGGGUGCUGGGCUUGUUGCGCUCCAGGUAUGGACAGCAGUCAGUAUUUACGAUUCUCUUGGCGAAUUUGGAUGGUUCUUCGGCGACUUCUUCUUUGAUCAUGCACCGAAAUUGACCUACAGCGGAAUUUAUCGGUACCUCAACAAUCCUGAACGCAUCAUCGGCCUGGCAGGAAUUUGGGGAGCUGUGCUCAUCACUUGGAGCCCGGCAAUCUUCUUCCUUGCCCUGAUCAGUCACAUCUCGUCAUUGGCUUUCAUCCAGUUCGUGGAAAAACCUCACAUGCAAAAGCUUUACGGAAGGAACCUCAGGCCUGAAGCUGGACUUACCAAAAGUAUUCGCAGAUCGUUGCCACCUCCUUUCAAGAAAUUCCAAGGCAGCGUUGACAAGGUUCUUGGCGAGACACGUCAUUUUGUCGAUGAGUUUCUGGAUGCUGCUCGGCCAAAGCUUGCAGCUGGCGUUUCUACUAUUGUCAGAGAUACCUCAGCAUUGUUCAGUCAAUAUCCGGCCCGCAUAACCGUGACUCGGCUGGCCCCUGAUUUGGCAGGCUUCAACCCCAGAGACUACUCUAUCGAGAUUGAAGGCACGGCUUCAUCAGCCCAAUCUGACAGUAUCCAUGACACUGGAAAAGAAGGCCUCACAGCAAGAUUCCCCAAACCACGGACAGACAAUUACAACCCGUUGAUAUUUGAAUACGGUGCUCCAAUCAAGGUCAAGUGGACAGCUCCUGUCAAUCACAGCAAAAGCGACUGGAUUGGGCUCUACAAAGUAGCUGAGAAUGCUGAUCGAGAUGUCACUCGUGUUUCUUCCGCAGGCCGAUGGAUUCCUACCGUUGUAAACGAACAUGAGCAUACAUCGGGGGACAAAAACGUCCUCGUAUCAGAUCAACUCGUCUCAGGAGCAAAGCGUGAAGAUGGCUCAAUACAUGACUACAUGCAGGGAGAGAUGGUUUUCGAGGGUGACAAGCUGUUCUGGACUCUUGGAUCUUUCGAAUUCCGCUACCACCAUGACGGCAAGCACAAUGUGAUGGCAGUUUCUCGCGCCUUCGAAAUCCGCAUCGCCCGCUUCGAUGAAGAAGAUGGUGGGGUUGACGCGAACGGCCUCGUCCGCACCGCCGUGGAAAAUGCCCUUCUCCCAGUUGUCAGAAACUGCUUCGACCGAGACCCAGAGAUCGCACCCAACACCGUCAACGAGAGCUUCGGCAGCCUGGUCGAGCGAGACGGCAAGUACGCAAAACGAGUCGUCUUUGCUGUCCACCAGAUGUUCGGUAUCGAGCUCGCGUCUGGAGUCGUGCUCGCUGAUGGAAAUGUCAAGAACCUUGCUUGGAGAAUUUGCGUCGCCAAGCAGGCGCUGGCACCUUACAGCAUGUCUUAUUCAAAAGGGACAACUACACCCACGGGAGAGGGAGAGAAAUCCUAAAUAGAGGAAAGGAUAGAGGAAUGGAUUAGAGAGGGGGAUUUCGGUGAUACCCUGUGCGUUCGGUCGAUGGUUUGAUGAAUUUUGUGUAUGCAUUUGCUGCCGGUUGGGACUUUGCAUAGGGGGUUGCAUGAAAAGCAUUCGGGAGAGUUCUUCGCAUGAGCAGCACAUUCAGUUCGCGCUGGUAGCUCAAUUGCAUUUGCAUUUGCAUUUCUUUUCGACGCUAUAGUACUGCACGUAAGUGUUGAGACCUUCCAAUAGCCCAGCUUACAUCCACCACAGCCUUUUGUUGCCAAUAGCUCCCUGGUCUCCUCCAAUAUUGUUCCAAAU